AUGGCGCACCCGGGUAUCCCCAUCAUUGACAUCAACUCGGCCGACGAGGCCACCAUUGGCAAGCAGCUCGUCGAUGCAGCCGAGGAGCACGGAUUCAUCUACAUAAGAAACCUCGGCCAGGAUAUAUCCGCGGAACAAGUCGACGAGGCUUUUGCAUUGUCAAAGAAGCUGUUUGAUGCGCCGCUAGAGGAAAAAGUCGCCUGCGCCAUCCAGACGAAUAAUCGCGGCUGGGGCGGACUUCAUUCAGAGACACUCGAUCCUAGAAGCCAAAAAGUGGGCGACUUUAAAGAAGUCUUCAACAUUGGCCUCUUCAAGGACGGAAAGCCCCAACAACCACUCCCUCCCACCAUUGUCCCUGACCAAGCCCGUCUAGAGGCUUUUCGUGAUGUCUGCACCGCCAUGUGCUCCAAGCUCCUGCGCCUCAUCGGCAACGGCCUCGGCGUCGGCGACUUUUUUGCCAAAGCCCACGAGGUCAAACCCGGCGACGAAUGCGACACCAUCCUGCGUCUCCUGCGCUACCCUCCCCCCUCCACCACCGCCCACACCGCGGCCGACGUGCGCGCCGGCGCCCACUCCGACUACGGCUCCAUCACACUGCUCUUUCGCCUCCGCGGGCAGGCCGGCCUCGAGGUGCAGCUGCGCGACGGCCGCACCUGGGCGCCCGUCCCCGUGCAGCCGCCCGGCACCGAGCGCGACCCCAGCCCGCCCAUCCUCGUCAACGUCGGCGACCUGCUCUCGUACUGGACCGACGGCCUGCUGCGGAGCACGCUGCACCGCGUCGUCUUUGACGGCAGAAUCGUGGUGGAGGGCGAGAGCGCGACGGAUCCGCGCUACUCGAUUGCGUUUUUUUCGAGCCCCUCGCAGAGCACGGAGCUGGGUAUCGUGCCGAGCGAGCGGGUGAGGAGGUUUGCGCCGCGGGAGGGGGAUGCUGAGGGGCAGAGCGCGAAUCCGUAUGCGCGGCGCAAGGUGAUGAGGGCGGAUGAGCACCUGCGCAUGAGACUGGAGGAAACAUAUGGUGAUUUGUACAAGAAGAAGGAAUCGUAG